AACUGUACUGAGUGAGAAAACAACCGUCCUCAAGCCAAAAUCUCCAGAGAAGACCAAACCCGAUGAAAAAGACCCUGAGAAAUCUCCUGCCAAAAAUCUUGAAGCUCAUCUCAGUUUGCCAGCAUUCAGGACGGUGACUUGGUAAAUCACACAGUUACUGUACGAAUUGACAAAUCUGUGAUUGUGAAGAACUCGUUCGCUAUGGAUACUCACUAUAAUCAGUCUUCAGACAACCCUCAUCACGAGUGGUCAUCGGUUGUUCUGACUUUGGACCCAGAUGUGGACGAACAAGAACUGAUUGAGUCAAUGAAACAGUUCAGCCAAAUCCACUCUUUGGAUUUUUCUUUUGAUGAAGACACUAAUUGCAGACACAUUUAUGUGACUUUUGAGCAUUCAGGACGGGACCAGCAACCAGAUCCUGUGGUCCCCACGAGCCGCUUUAUUGAGCUGAAGACACUGCUCGUGAGCAAUCUGCACCCAAUGGUCACCGAACAACAGCUUAUUGAAAAGUUUGGUGCAUUGGGGUCCAUCUCGACUGUGCAAGUGUGCAGAAACAACAUCAUCUCUCCUGCUUAUGCCUUUGUGACUUUCCAUCAUCGACGUGAUGCAGUGCGAGCACAAAAAGCUCUGAACUUCACUGAUUUACUGAAUAAACCUCUGAUCAUCAUGUGGGGCCCAGACAAGACAAUUGAGGUGCUCUCAUAUAAUGACAGCAGCUCUCCAAGACAAACAGAGGAGAGAGAGACAGCUGGAGAAACAGAGGAGAGAAAGACCAGUGAAGAAAUAGAGAGAGAGGCCGCUGGAGAUACAGAGGAGAGAAAGACCAGUGGAGAAACAGAGAGAGAGGCUGCUGGUGAAACAAAGGAGAGAGCGAACAGCGAGUCUUCAUGGGGAAGAAGGAUCUCCAACAAUGUGAAAAGUGCUAUGAAAGCUGCGGUGAGCAGUCCAGCAGCCUGGGUCGGAGUCGGCAUAGGUGUUUGUGCUGCUUAUGCCUACUUCAGGAGCAGGAGCUAGUGUGGACACAUUCUAAAAGGUAAUUUCAUCUCAUUUAAGUGACAUGACAUCUGACUGAGCUUAGUAACACUUCUGGAACAUGCUGUUUGUCACACACACAUAUGUAUAUAUAGAAUUCUCUGUGGGUCAGAGGUCAUGUUAAUUCAUACUCAAAUUCAGCUUCAUUUAGACAUCGACACUGAUUUUCUUGACUCUGUUCUCUUCCAGACGAGAAAGCCUGCCUCACGAUCUCCACUCAUCAUCCCCAGAGUGACCAAUCACUGCUCCAGAAAGACCUUGAUUUCCCCAGCAGGCCAAACACUUGCAAUAAAUGUGAAUUGAAUAAA